UUAACAACUGCCAAACUUCUUCAAGCUGAGAGCACCAUCUUGCUAGUGAGCACGUUCCUGGUGCCAAUGGAGGCUCUUAUCUCUGCAGUUCUUGGUGAUAUUAUCAGCAGAGCCAUAUCAAUCAUGGUGGAGAAGUCCCACCGGCAGACAACUGCUGAGGAGGAUCUGCAGAGGCUGCACCAACUACUUCUGAGGAUAUCUACAGUCGUCGAGGAGGUUGAGGGGCGGUGCAUCUCAAACAGAGGGAUGAUCCGUCAGAUUAGCAUCAUGAUAAAGCAAAUGUUCAGAGGCUACUACCUUCUCGACUCUUUCAAGUGCAUACAUAAGAAGACCAAUGAUGAGGAGGUGAGUCACUCCACAUUUGAUCCAUCAAAAUUUAAUCCCGCUAAGCGCUUUCGCCUCCUUUCUAGUAGCCCUCAAAUUGAGAGCAUAGUAAUUGGUAGAGACAACAGUAAGGAUUUAAAGCAAAUUAUUCUUGUCCUAGAGAAUAUGGUUGCUGAUAUGAAGGAGUUUGCUAUAUUUCUGAUGAGCUACCCUCGGAUGUACCGCCAACCUUAUGGUGCAUAUUUGUAUUUAGACAAGUAUAUGUUUGGUCGGCAAAUGGAGAGGGAACAAGCCAUUAGCUUCUUGCUACAAGCUGAGCCUCUAGGAGGUGAAAAUUUGGGUGUCCUACCAAUUGUUGGUCCUGGACUAAUUGGGAAGAGCACUCUUGUGGAACAUGUCUGCGACGAUGAGCGUGUGCGCAAUCACUUCUCCUUGAUCUUGCGCUACGAAGGAAAUGACCUUAAGAGUGAAACAGAAACAACUUUUAGAGAUCAUUGUGUGAUCAAAUAUCAAAAUAGUGCUUCUGGUGAAGAAAGGUCGUUGGUUGUCAUCGAGUUGUUAGGGGACGUGGACGAAGGGGCGUGGAAGAGAUUGUUGCAGACUUAUGAAAGAUGUAUGGCAUAUGGGAGCAAAAUCAUAAUCACUAGCCGUUCACAAAACAUGGCUAGUGUUGGAACAACAGAAGCCAUCGUGCUAAGAUGUUUGUCUAAAGAAGCUUACUGGUAUUUCCUCAAGAUGCUUUUGUUUGGUAGCACGGAUCCGGAGGAGCACCCGAAGUUAACAUCCAUAGCCAUGGAGCUGGCCCUUGAGAUGUGUGGAUCUUUUAUAUUCGCAUAUAGUGUUGCCACCUCACUUAGAGCAAAUACAAGUGUUCGAUUCUGGUGCAGGGUUCUCAGAAUGGCUAGGGAAUUCACGCAGAAGAAUAACUUCGUGCCCGGUGAAUAUAAUGAGGAUCGUAUGUCUCGGUACGCUUGGAGAAUUGCUGAAACACCACGAGGUUCCGAUGAUCAUACGGUAUUUCUAUUACAUCAUAGCCACCAAAAAGGGCCUGCUGCUCACGACGAAGUUCCAAGGAUAACGAUGGUGGAUCUUAUAUUCGGGGCAUGGAGGGCUAUCCCGCAGGGAAAAUUUGAAGUCUUGCAAUGGAGAUCCCUCAUACCACCGUACUAUAGCUACGUGUGUUCUUGUGAGAUUGUGCAGCACAAAGAACACCUGGACAUAGAGCCGUAGAGGUUUUUGGUUCGAGUUGGUCCAGUUGUAAUAGACCCAUGGAUCUUGUAUAUUGUAAAUGUCAUUCAGUCAGUCA